ACUUUCUUCCUCGCCUCCGCCUCCACCUCCGCCCCCCCUUCCUCCUCCCAGCUCCAAACCCAGGAAACCCUCGCCUCCCCUUCCCUCGCGGCGUCCUCUUCCCGCCGCCCGAAUCCCACCCCAAUCGGACCCGAGCUAGAAGGAGGAGCAGAGCAAGAUGCCCCCGAAGAAGGCGGCGGCGUCGAAGGCCGACGUAGCGAAGAAGCAGAAGGUCGUGGAGGACAAGACCUUCGGGCUCAAGAACAAGAACAAGAGCAAGAACGUCCAGAAGUACGUCCAGUCGCUGCACCAGUCCGUCCAGCCCAAGCCCGACCCGACCAAGACCGCCGCCAAGAAGAAGAAGGAGGAGGAGAAGGCGCGCGAGAAGGAGCUCAACGAUCUAUUCAAGGUCGCCGUCAGCCAGCCCAAGGUCCCCGUUGGUGUCGACCCCAAGUCGAUACUUUGCGAGUUCUUCAAGGUUGGACAAUGUCAGAAGGGUUUUAAAUGCAAGUUCUCACACGACCUGAAUGUCCAAAGGAAGGGUGAGAAGAUUGAUAUUUACAGCGACAAGCGCGAUGGAGAGGAAGAAGAUACAAUGGAUGACUGGGAUCAGGAGACCCUUGAGAAAGUUAUUGCAUCAAAAAACGCAGAGUACCAGCAGAAUAAACCUACUGAUAUUGUUUGCAAGCACUUUCUUGAUGCUGUGGAGAAGAAGCAGUAUGGGUGGUUUUGGGUUUGUCCAAAUGGCGGCAAGGAGUGCCGCUACAGGCAUGCCCUUCCGCCUGGUUAUGUACUAAAGUCUCAGAUGAAAGCCUUACUAGAGGAAGAGAGUAAAAAGGUUGCAAUUGAAGAUGAGAUUGAAGACCAGCGCAGAAAGGUUCAAACCACAACCCCUAUGACUACAGAAUUGUUCAUGGAAUGGAAAAGGAGGAAGGCAGAAGAAAAGGAAGCUGGUCUGGCGGCCUUGAGGGCAGAUAGGGCUAAGAAUGACCGUAUGAGUGGUCGUGAGUUGUUCAUGGCCGAUGCAAGUGUGUUUAUUGAUGAUGCUGAAGCAUAUGAAGUUUAUGAAAGACGUGAAGAGCCACAAGCCAACCAGGAACAGGGCAAGAAAAGUCAGGAUGAAGGUCCAAGCUCAUCAACCUCUAAUGGCAAGGAGGCCGACGAGGAGCUGGAUGAUGAAGAUCUAGAUGAUGACGAUGACCUAGACCUUGACGAAUUAAAUGAACUCGAAGCAAGCCUGUCGAGAACUUCCAUUCAAAUUCGAGAACCAGGUGAGGGGACAUCAUCUUGAACAGGGAGGUCAUUGAGAAGUCGUACUCCAUUUUUGCGCUCCAAAUCGGCCUACUUGCUUUAUUAGAUACAAAAGGGUGGAGCAUAGAUGCAAGUGGACAUUAGUUUCAAGUGACUAUGAUCAUCAUCUGUUUUGAGGGAGCGAUGAUUAACUGAUGAUGCCCAGUGUUAAGAACAUGACAUUUGAUGUUUCCUGUGUUGCCUUGUUGUCUUUGUGGGAGUUAUUUUGCUGCUUGUGAAUAACAGCACCAAAGUUUUUCUAGCCUUGUGCAAAACCUAUAUGGAAAACCUUGGUGCGGACCUAUUUAUAAGUGGUGUCCCAGGAUUGUAGUCUUUUUAUCCCCUUUGUUUAAGAGAAUUUGUGGAUCUUA